UAGUUUUUUAUAUGUUUAAGUCUCUCUAAGUAAUGUUUUUAAACAAUUUGGGCAGUGCUCAUGUACAGGCUUGCAAGUUAUAAACGUGCCUGCCAACUUCGAAGACUACCGUUGAAUUAUAAAGGCAGGAGGUUAGGCUGAGAGUUUUAGCUUUGUACAGAGAGCUCACAAAAUCUUCAUCUGAAAAUGGAGAGGAAAAAAUCAGAGGAGCAGUGCUUCUUUGAUCCGUGUCUGUUCAGAAAUCUGAAGAGAAUUUCUGCGGUUGUUUGUCUUCUUUUUAUUCUUUUUAUCUGGUGUUCGUCUACCAUCAUUAUAUCUGGUUCGAUUUUUCAUGUUUGUGUAAGGUCUAGGAAGCUUAACGACCCCAACUGUAUUUCUUUUGGUGGUCCAGGUAUAUCCACAAAUUCUGGUUUUACUCUUUCUUUGAUUAACGAAAGCUCUGAAAGUCCUGUUUACCAAAGUAACACCCAGAUAAGCCCUGUUUUUUCAUCUAUUAGUCCUUCAACUGCAGCUGAAAACAAUAGAAGUUCUGCUGCAGAAGAUGAGAUUAAGGAGGUUGUAAAUAUCACCCAAAAUUCUGUAGUUUCUUCUUCUGUCAGCCCUGUAACCACCCCAGUUUCUGAUUUUGAGGAUAGCCCUGAUAUCCGACUUCCUGUAAGUAGCAAGAGCCAAAGUAAUGAUGAAAGUGCGGAAGAGGAGCUGAUACCAUCACCAGUCUUGGGAGAUUCUGUGUUUACAAAGCCAGUUAUCCGGAAGGGCAUAGAUAAGGCUAAGGCAGAGGAGACAGCGAACUCUAGGUUGGCUGUGGAAGGGCAAUUAGUGAUCUUACGAUCCUACACUGCAAAGUCAAAGCCCUCCAGUUGUGAGGGACGAGGGAUAUAUGUCUACGACUUGCCUCCUAAGUUCAACACGGAUUUGCUAGCCAAGUGCAAUGAGAUGAUGGCGUGGAUUGACUUCUGUAAAUACUUCACAAACGAAGCAAUGGGUGAGCCUAUACCAGCAUUGGGGAACGGAUGGUAUAACAGCCACCAGUUUUCGCUAGAGCCAAUAUUUCACAAUCGUAUACUCAAGCAUCCUUGCAGAGUUCAGGAGGCAGAGAAAGCCAAGGUUUUCUAUGUUCCUUUCUAUGGUGCAAUAGAUAUGAUAAGAUGUCACUUUAGUAAGGAUGGCAGCGGCAUGAAUGAUUCAGAUGCUCUGUCUAAGGAGAUUGUUGAGUGGCUCAAGCAGCAGAAGACGUGGAAGAGAAACUCUGGGUUAGAUCAUGUGUUUGUUCUAGGGAAAAUCACUUGGGAUUUCCGGAGGACAGAAAAUGUAUCUUGGGGGAGCCCCCUAUUAGAGCUCGAGGAGCUCCAAAACCCAAUGAAGCUUUUAAUUGAACGACAACCUUGGAAUAUCAACGAGGUUGGGGUCCCAUACCCAACAUACUUCCACCCUAGAUCAGAUGGGGAGAUCAUAGCAUGGCAGGAAAAAACCAGGAAGCUGAAACGGAAGUACUUAAUCAGCUUUGCUGGGACUCCACACAAGCGCUGGGAGAGCAUAAGAUCGAUCCUCAUCGAGCAGUGCACUGCUGCCCCCAAAGCGUGCAACUUUUUGAACUGUAUAGGAGAGUCAUGUGUUGAAUCAGCACCUGUUGAGAAACUUUUCAUGGCAACAGAGUUUUGCCUUCAGCCUCCCGGGGAUAGUCCAACAAGAAAGUCGAUGUUUGAUUCUCUCAUUGCUGGCUGCAUUCCGGUUGUCUUUGAUCCUUUCACAGCACACUACCAAUAUCCGUGGCAUUUUCCUGAGGAUCACAGGAAGUAUUCGGUGUAUAUAGACCAAGAUGAGGUAAAGUUGUCAGGAGGUAAUGUAAUAGAGAAGCUUGUGAAGAUCCCUCUGAAAGAAAGGCAAGAGAUGAGGAAGUACAUCAUUGAUGAGUUGAUGCCUAGGUUGGUUUAUGCACAAGCUGACGCUAAGUUAGAAAAAUUCGAAGAUGCAUUCACUCUAGCUGUGAAUAAUAUGCUUGAAAGGGCGAUUAGUAAAUUCCCUUGAUUAGGAAUUAAAGGUUGUUUCAUUCUUUUUAGAAACUAAGCUAGAUUUUUUUUUCUUUUUUCUUUGGUUAGAAAAAAUUGUCGUUAAUAGAAAGUCAUACAUUAUUUACAAAUUACAAUAACAAUUGCAAAUUUGCUAAGCAUUGAAGCAAAAUUGAAGACAGUUUUUGUAAAGAUUUUUUAUUAAGAUGAUUCUUAGGCACAUGUACAACUCCAAGUCCUUAGCUGCAGAUCUGUAUAUGAGGCAUCUUAGGUUUCGUCAUAGGUUGCCUUUAAUGCCCCUCAACUUAUGCUGUCUUCUGCUUUGCUAAAACAUAUAGUAUUCUGUAAUUUUAAGGUCAGAUUAUUGCUAUAUUCUGGUAUAUUCAAGAUCUCGUUUUCAA